UGAAACAGCUUCCUGGGAAAAUGUCCAGCUUGCUUGUGAAGUUUAUUUGGAGCUGGAGUCAGCCAGCUGGAAUGGAAAGGGCAAAAUACUUAAUUACUGCCUGAUGCCAAAGUGAGAUUGCACAUUUUAUAUUUAUUCCCCCUCCUGUGUCUUUCAGCCUCACAGUGGCAGGAAGAUCAUGAGUGACUGCAGAGACUUGUUCCAGUGAAAGCUAAAGUGGGAAUAACCAUUGUCACCUGCUUCUGGAAAUGACUCUCUCCUUGGACUUUUCUUGGCUCCGGUGGAAAUGGCAAACCCAAAAUGGCUUUCCCCGGUCUCCUUCAGAAAGCACACCACUGCUUUCUCCAGACAUGGGCCGGCAGAGCUACAAUCCAAAAGAGCAGCGAGUGGUGUACCCCAAUAAUGGCAUGUGUCAUCAGGACUGGAAGAAGGUCUCCAGGAGGUACCCAGGCAACAGUAUCUGCACAACCAAGUACACCCUGCUCACCUUCCUGCCCCAGAAUCUCUUUGAGCAGUUUCAUAGGUGGGCCAACCUCUACUUCCUGUUCCUGGUGAUUCUGAACUGGAUGCCCUCCAUGGAAGUCUUCCACAGGGAAAUCACCAUGUUACCACUGGCCAUUGUCCUGUUUGUCAUCAUGGUCAAAGAUGGCGUAGAGGACUUCAAAAGAUACCGCUUUGAUAGAGAGAUGAACAGUGCCAGCAUUCAAAUAUAUGAAAGAAAGGAGCAGAGCUACAUGCAGAAGCGCUGGCAGGAUGUGCGUGUGGGGGAUUUUGUCCAGAUGCGUUGCAAUGAGAUCAUCCCAGCAGACAUCCUUCUCCUCUUCUCCUCAGACCCCAGUGGGGUCUGCCACCUGGAAACUGCCAACUUGGAUGGAGAGACCAACCUCAAGCAGAGACGUGUUGUGAAGGGCUUUUCACAGCAGGAGGUGCAGUUCCAACCCGAGUACUUCCACAGUACCAUCAUAUGUGAGAGGCCCAACAACCACCUCAGCAAGUUUAAGGGUUAUAUGGAGCAUCCUGACCAGACCAGAACUGGCUUUGGCAGCGAGAGUCUUCUGCUCCGAGGCUGCACCAUCCGAAACACUGAGGUGGCGGCUGGCAUCGUCAUCUACGCAGGUCAUGAGACGAAAGCCAUGCUGAACAACAGUGGGCCCCGCUACAAACGCAGCAAUAUUGAGCGGCGCAUCAACAGGGAUGUCUUCUUCUGCAUUGGCCUCCUCUUCCUCAUGUGCCUUAUUGGAGCUAUAGGCCAUAGCCUCUGGAAUGGGACCUUUAAAGAGCAUCCUCCCUUUGACGUGCCAGAUGCUGAUGGGAACUUCCUUUCCCUUGGCCUUGGAGGCUUCUAUAUGUUCCUCACAAUGAUCAUCCUGCUCCAGGUGUUGAUCCCGAUCUCCUUGUACGUGUCCAUCGAGUUGGUAAAGCUCGGGCAAGUGUACCUCCUUCAUAAUGACCUGGACCUAUAUGAUGAAGAAACCGAUUUGUCUAUUCAAUGUCGAGCCCUCAACAUUACAGAGGACCUGGGCCAGAUCCAGUACAUCUUCUCUGACAAGACGGGGACCCUGACAGAAAACAAGAUGGUGUUCCGACGUUGUACCAUUGUGGGCAGUGAAUAUUGUCACCAAGAAAAUGCCAAGAGAUUGGAGAUGCCAAAGGAGCUGGACUCAGAUGGUGAGGAAUGGACCCAAUACCAGUGUCUGUCCUUCCCACCUAGAUGGGCCCAGGGCCUAGCAACGAUGAGAAGCCAAGGGGGUGCCCAGCCUCUGAGGAGGUCCCAGAGUGCCCGGGUCCCCAUCCAGAGCCACUCCCGACAACGGUCUGUGGGACGCUGGGAGACCUCACAGCCUCCGGUGGCCUUCAGCAGCUCAAUAGAAAAAGAUGUGACUCCCGAUAAAAACCUCCUGAGCAAGGUGAGAGAUGCUGCCCUGUGGCUGGAGUCCUCAGACACCAGACUCCCCAAGCCUUCCCACUCCUCCACUGCCUCCAUUGCUGACUUCUUCCUCGCCCUGACUAUCUGCAACUCUGUCAUGGUGUCCACAACCACUGAGCCCAGAAAGAGGGUUACCACGCCCCCCUCCAACAAGGCUCUGGGGACGUCCUUGGAGAAGAUUCAGCAGCUGUUCCAGAGGCUGAAGCUGUUGAGCCUCAGCCAGUCAUUCUCCUCCACCGCCCCCUCGGAUGCAGACCUAGGAGAGAGUCUGGGGCCCGCCAUGCCCACCACAGACUCAGAGGACAAAGAUGAUGUAUCUGUAUGUAGCGGAGACUGUUCCACGGAUGGCGGUUACAGAAGCAGCACAUGGGAGCAGGGGGACGUCCUGGGGUCCGAGUCAGGGGCUUCUCUAGACGAGGGGCUGGAGGCCCCAGCUCUCAGCCUGGAUGGACCUGAGCUCUGCUAUGAGGCCGAGAGCCCUGAUGAGGCAGCUCUCGUGCAUGCUGCCCGUGCCUACAGUUUCACACUGGUGUCCAGAACACCUGAGCAGGUGACCGUGCGUCUACCCCAGGGCAUCUGCCUCACCUUUGACCUUCUCUUCACACUGGGAUUUGACUCUGUCCGGAAGAGAAUGUCAGUGGUGGUGAGGCACCCGCUGACAGGUGAGAUCAUUGUCUACACCAAGGGUGCUGACUCAGUUAUCAUGGACCUGCUAGAAGAUCCAGCCUGUGUGAGUGAUAUUGAUGUGGAAAAAAAGCUGAAAAGAAUCCAUGCCCGGACCCAAAAACAUCUGGACUUAUAUGCAAGAGAUGGCCUUCGAACCCUGUGCAUUGCUAAGAAGGUUGUAAAUGAAGAGGACUUCCAGAGGUGGGCCAGUUUCCGGCGUGAAGCUGAGGCAUCCCUUGACAACAGAGAGGAGCUUCUGAUGGAGACAGCCCAGCACCUGGAGAAUCAUCUCACCUUACUCGGAGCCACUGGAAUUGAGGAUCGACUCCAAGAAGGAGUUCCAGACACCAUUGCUGCACUUCGGGAGGCUGGAAUCCAGCUUUGGGUUUUGACAGGAGAUAAACAGGAGACUGCAGUCAAUAUUGCUUAUUCUUGCAAACUGCUGGAUCAGACAGACACCGUGUACUCCAUUAACACAGAGAAUCAGGAAACCUGUGAGUCCAUCCUCAACUGUGCAUUGGAGGAUGUAAAGAGUUUUCAUGAACCACAACAGCCAGCCCGAAAACUCUGUGGGUGCCACAUGCCAUCUAACAUGCCAACUGUUAACUCAAGAGCUCUGGCUCCUGAAGUUGGACUGGUCAUUGAUGGGAAGACACUGAAUGCAAUUUUCCAGGGAAAUCUGGAAAAUAAGUUCCUGGAGUUGACCCAGUACUGUCGGUCUGUCCUGUGUUGCCGCUCCACCCCACUCCAGAAGAGUAUGAUUGUCAAGCUGGUGCGAGACAAGUUGAGCGUCAUGACUCUUUCCAUAGGUGACGGAGCAAAUGACGUAAGCAUGAUUCAAGCUGCUGACAUUGGCAUUGGAAUAUCUGGGCAGGAAGGCAUGCAGGCCGUCAUGUCCAGUGACUUUGCCAUUGCCCGAUUCAGCCACCUCAAGAAGCUGCUUCUUGUGCACGGCCACUGGUGUUACUCGCGCCUGGCCAGGAUGGUAGUAUACUACUUCUACAAGAAUGUAUGCUAUGUCAACCUGCUCUUCUGGUACCAGUUCUUCUGUGGUUUCUCCGGCUCCACCAUGAUUGACUAUUGGCAGAUGAUAUUCUUCAAUCUCUUCUUCACCUCCUUGCCUCCCAUCGUCUUCGGAAUCCUGGAUAAAGAUGUCUCUGCAGAAACGCUCCUGGCAUUGCCUGAGUUAUACAAGAGUGGCCAGAACUCCGAGUGCUACAACCUGCCAGUGUUCUGGAUGUCCAUGGCCGAUGCAUUCUACCAGAGUCUCAUCUGUUUCUUUAUCCCUUACCUGACCUACCGAGGUUCAGAUAUAGAUGUCUUUACCUUUGGAACACCAAUCAACACCAUCUCGCUCACCACCAUCCUCUUGCACCAGGCAAUAGAAAUGAAGACAUGGACUGUCCUCCACGGCCUUGUCCUCCUCGGCAGCUUCUUGAUGUACUUCGUCGUCUCCCUGAUAUACAACGCCACUUGUGUCACCUGCAACAGCCCCACCAAUCCCUACUGGGUGAUGGAAAGGCAGCUCUCAGAUCCCACAUUCUACCUCAUCUGCCUCCUCACACCGGUUGUGGCUCUUCUACCAAGGUACUUUCUCCUGUCUCUGCAAGGGACGUUCGGGAAGUCUUUAAUCUCAAAAGCUCAGAAAAUUGACAAGCUGCCCAUAGACAAAAGAAACCUUGAAAUUGAGAACUGGAGAAGCAAACAGAGACCUACCCCUACCCCUGCCUCUGCUGCCUCUGCCCCUGCUUCUAGCCCUGCCCAUGCUCAGCCCCCAUGCCAUACAGUACCACCUACACGACAACAGGACUUAGGAACCAGCACCCCAAAGAACUCUAGCCCUCCCAGGCAGAAGCACACUGAAGACUGGGUUCUCCAGGGUCCAAGAUGCAGCAGAGAAUUUUCGAGGGAUGACACAUGUUCAGGAGACACCUUGGCUAAACUCUCAUCUGGGCAAUGCCUUCUGGGCCCAAACAGAACAGCGGCUCCCACAGCCUAUACCAGGGGACAGAAGGAUGUGGCUCGUCACUCAAGCAAAGGCAGUCAUCGCCGGUCUCAGAGUUCGCUGACUAUUUGAGGGGGCUACAGAAAUCAGAGCUUGAUCCAAACUCAGAAGGGGCCACCCCAAUCACUGACAAGUGACCUUAGUCCCCUUCCUCUCUGUAGAGGAAUGACUGCCAGCUUUAUCAAUUCUCCUCACCAGGGUUGACUUCCUUCAGGAAAUGCUGGCCCCAGAGGAGCGGAGCAAAACUGACUUUGGCUUUCUUCUGCUGCCAGGCAGCACAUUUUGAAAACAAUAGUCUGGAUCCAGAUGUUAUGAGGUUGUUGCAUUGUGUUCCAAAGUUUUAGCCCAAGCACAUAUAUCCUUGUGCGCUUCUGAGUAAAGCCUAUGAGCCCAAUGCAACCCGGCAGCAAGUAUCCAAGACUCCAACCAGUGUUAUAAGUCUUUGAAAUGUAUCAGAAUAUGGGAGUUACUCGGCUUGUCAAGCCAUCACCUCACCUCACCCAAGAGUUCAAGUUUCAGAAGAGACCUGCACACACAACAGCUUCAUCUCAAGAUCACUGCAGUACCAAGUCAGGGAUAACACCCCUUCCAUGAACAGAGUUGGGUCUGCUUCCUUCCUCUAAGCCAGUGGUUCUCAACCUUCCUACUGCUGUGACCCUUUAAUACAGUUCCUCAUGCUGUGGUGACCCCAA